AUGCGGUACACUUCGAGCCUUACCCUGCACUUUCUACUUUCAGCUGCUGCUGUUCAGGCUCAGCAGACCCUUUGGGGACAAUGUGGCGGUGCUGAUUGGUCGGGACCCACGAGCUGCGUGGCAGGAGCAGCGUGUAGUACUCAGAACCCGUACUACGCACAAUGUGUCCCUGCCACUGCGACCACCUCGACUACUUUGAGUACUACGACUCGCGCCACCACCACAACCACCGGAGGAUCAAGCACGACCAGAACUUCAACUUCAGCAACCAUCACCUCUGCGCCAUCUGGUAACCCAUUCAGUGGAUACCAGCUAUACGCAAACUUAUACUAUGCAUCGGAGGUGCAAAGCCUGGCCAUACCAUCCCUGACGGGCUCUCUGGUCGCGAAGGCUAGUGCCGUGGCAAAGGUGCCAUCGUUUGUAUGGCUAGACACAGCUGCCAAGGUCCCGUCCAUGGGUACCCAUCUAGCUGACAUCAAGGCGAAGAACGCCGCCGGCGCCAGUCCCCCAGUUGCAGGUAUUUUUGUGGUUUACGAUCUGCCUGACCGGGACUGCGCCGCUCUGGCUAGCAACGGCGAGUAUGCAAUUGACAAGAAUGGUGUCGCAAAUUACAAGACAUACAUUGAUUCUAUCCGGGCCCAGCUCCUCAAGUAUUCCGAUGUGCAUACCAUCCUCGUGAUCGAACCCGACAGUCUCGCCAACCUCGUAACUAACCUGAAUGUUCCGAAAUGCGCCAACGCCAAAAGCGCCUAUCUCGAAUGCGUUGACUACGCACUGGAGCAGCUGAAUCUGCCCAACGUGGCAAUGUAUCUAGAUGCUGGACACGCUGGAUGGCUCGGCUGGCCCGCGAACCUCGGCCCUGCCGCCGAGCUCUAUGCAUCAGUAUACAAGAACGCGGGGUCCCCCGCCGCCGUGCGCGGUCUGGCCACCAACGUCGCCAACUACAACGCCUGGUCGAUCGGCACCUGCCCCUCAUACGCAGAGAGCAACACCGUCUGCGACGAGAAGAAGUUCAUCAACGCGAUCGCGCCUCUCUUGCAGAAUGCUGGUUUCCCAGCCCACUUCAUCAUUGAUACCUCCCGCAACGGCGUCCAACCCACGAAGCAAAACGCCUGGGGCGACUGGUGCAAUGUCAUCGGCACCGGGUUCGGUGAGCGAUUUACCACCAACACGGGCGACUCGUUGGCCGAUGCGUUUGUGUGGAUCAAACCCGGUGGCGAGAGCGAUGGGACGUCUGAUAGCUCGGCGACGCGAUACGAUGCGCAUUGCGGAUACAGCGAUGCGUUGAAGCCGGCGCCUGAGGCGGGGACUUGGUUCCAGGCGUAUUUCGAGCAGCUUUUGGUUAAUGCUAAUCCUUCGUUCUAAGUCGGUGAUGGAUGGGAGGGGAAAGUACUUAUGGGUACCUAAGUGAGGAUGAAGGGGUUGUUCGUGG